AUGGCUUCCUAUGGAAUCUCAACAAGCGAGGUCUCAGAUGGCGAUCCGGACGAACAGGUUUUCCUUCCUGGCAUCGCAGAAGAACCUCGAAUAACAAAGCUCGGAAGCCGUAUUCCAAUACCCUCCCAGUCCGAUCUGCUCGAAAGUGAGGGCCCAGAAGAAAUCUUGUAUCUGCCCAAGUCGCAACUCCUGCCUGAAGCCAUAAUUAAUGGUGUUAUCGUGCCUAAUAGUGAGGCUCUUCAUGCCCCAGAGGUACCAACGUCUUCUGCUACUGGCAAACUGAAGAGACCGUCUUCAGGCUUCUUUCGGCGAGAAUCAGAGACUGCCUCGCGAGGAGACCCGUUCGAGAUAGGAGCCUCGCCAGAACGUGGGAUCCGACCAAGCUCUGGUGUACCCUUAAAGAAGCCCAAAAAGGUCCCUUCCUCCAGACGUCAGCAGAAGCCGACAAGGAUUGCUCCUCCAAUAGACCUGUUGGACGCAGACGCCCCAUCAGACGAUGUGGUAGACUCACAUUCUACGAUAAAUCAGCUCAGCCAUAAACCUCCUCAGCCGGCGAACAAACGGCCAAAGCGUAACCAUGAUGCAGUUCCUGACCUUCCGAACUCGCAUCCUAGCUCGCCCGUUGUCCCUGAAGAUACCCCACCUUCUUUACUUGACGAGCAGCAACCCGACCUCAAGUCUCGCCCUCAAAAUCCUCCUCGUACAAACCAGGUCGUACAGGUUGUGAUCAAUAAAACCGUCUCGACCAAGCCCUCAAAGGAUAAUACAUACACCCGCAAUCGGAGAACGUCUCCUCCAACUGCUGCCCAGGACUCUAGCGUCACAGUGAAGUCGCCAGGCCUGUCAGCAGACAUCGUGGAAGACCAAUAUCACGCGAGUUCGGCUGCCCCAGCAGAUUCUGUAGCUUCUCCGAUUGCCGUGAACGACGUGCAGCCAAAGUCGGUUGAAGAGGGUCAGAGGGCCUCCUCGGAAGACUCUGCUCUCUUCGUAUCUCCCACGCCGCCUACGAGGAACACACGAUCACAAGCCGAAGUGCUUGCACGUGAUGUUCAGAGAGUACAAGAGCUCAACGAAAAGUAUGGUCCCAGAGAUGAGCCUGAGGACUACACUGCAGAGAUUGAUGAUUUUGAGACUGAGGUCAACGGCUUCAAAAACAUCUCCAUGCCAGAAGAGCUGAAAGAGGCUCUUAAAAUGGCACACUUUAUCCACGAAGACGCUAAAGAGAUCCGACAGGGGUUUGAUGAUAUUCAUAUCCUAAGAAGUUAUGGUAGACUGAAGAGAACCAUCGUGCAGUGGAAGGAGGCACAGAACUACAGCGAAACAGGCCAUCUCGUUCAGUCCUCCAAUGAAAUCACUGAAGAAGCAAGGGCAAUCUUCCAGAAGCCUGUAUGGGACCAGCGCAAAGGGCUGAAUUACAUACAUAAACGAGUGUUACCGACACUUGUGCGCAUGUUGUAUGUCACCUUGGCAUAUCACCUCGCGAAAGUUCAAACCUUGAAUAAACUUCCCUAUGGACCACGGAAAGAAUCGGAAAGCAUCGUCGACGCUAUAAUUCACAUCUGUCACGAAGCCAGGAGUGCAGGGACACGAUACAUUCGUACACAGGAUACUGUCUCGAUGAUCGCUAGGAUCAAGAAGUGGAGUAUCUCCAGAAACUUCAGACUCAAAGAUCGCAGCCAGAGGCAGUUCAUCGAGAAAAAACAGUUCAUCGAGAAGGAGCAGCGGAUCGAGAAGACGCAAUUGACCGAGCAGAAGCAGUUGUUCAAGAAGCAAUCAAUAUAG